AUGGCAACCAAUAUCACAUUCCACGAAGGACACGUUACCUACGAUGAAAGAUGUUCACUUUUAGAACAAAAAGGCGCAACUCUUUGGUUAACAGGUUUAUCGGCCAGUGGUAAAUCAACAAUUGCAACCGCAUUAGAACAACAUCUUUUACAUCAAAAAGUUGCUGCUUUUCGUUUGGACGGUGAUAAUGUUCGUUUUGGUUUGAAUAAAGAUUUGGGUUUCAGUCCUAAAGAUCGUGAAGAGAACAUCAGACGUAUUGCAGAGGUCUCCGUCUUGUUCGCCUCUUCAUCAGCUCUCACAAUCGCUUCGUUCAUCUCACCCUACAAAGCAGAUCGUGAUCUAGCCCGUAAGCUGCACGCAGAAUACAAGCCUUCUUUGCCUUUCAUUGAAGUGUAUGUUGAUGCAUCCGUUGAAGAAUGUGAAAAACGGGAUCCUAAAGGAUUAUACAAAAAGGCAAGAGCAGGAGAAAUUAAAGAGUUUACAGGUAUCUCUGCCCCAUACGAAGCACCCGAAAAACCAGAAAUUCACAUCAAUGCUGGCACAAUUUCGAUCGAAGAUAGCGUCAAAUUGAUCACUGAAUAUCUCAUCAAGCAAGGUCUUAUCAAG